AUGGGCAAGUACAUGCGCAAGCCCAAGGUCUCCGGCGAGGUGGCCGUCAUGGAGGUCGCCGCCGCGCCGCUGGGGGUCCGCACCCGCGCGCGGGCGCUCGCGAUGCAGAGGCAGCCGCAGGGGGCGCCGGGGGCCAAGGACCAGGGGGAGUACCUGGAGCUCAGGAGCCGGAAGCUCGAGAAGCUGCCCCCGCCGCCGCCGCCGGCGAGGAGGAGGGCGGCCGCGGCGGAGCGUGUCGAGGCCGAGGCCGAGGCCGACGAGGUGUCCUUCGGGGAGAACGUGCUCGAGCCGGAGGCCAUGGGGAGGGGUACCAGGGAGACGACGCCCUGCAGCUUGAUUAGGGACUCGGGAAUGAUAAGCACUCCUGGAUCCACAACAAGACCGAGCCACUCGAAUUCCCAUCGCAGGGUGCAAGCUCCAGCGCGCCAUAUUAUUCCAAGUUCAGCAGAGAUGAAUGAGUUCUUCUCUGCUGCAGAGCAACCGCAACAGCAAGCCUUCAUCGACAAUGAAGAAUGCCAACUCAGCGUGCAAUGUGGUUUUGACACGUACAACUUUGAUCCUGUGAACGACUGUCCUCUCCCAGGCCGAUACGAGUGGGUGAAGCUAGACUGA